UGAGGAUUUAUUUAGACGUCCAAACCUCGCAGUCAGCUGUGAAGCAACACGAGGCUCAGGCAGGACCUGCUGGGACCUGAAGGACCUGCAGAUCCCACCACCCGUCCAGACGAGAAGGUUGCUGCGUUUUCCUCUGGCUGAACGUUCCUCCAAACCACCGGAGCUGAUGGAAGGACUCUGAUCCACGAUCGGCUGGAGACUGCUGCUCACCACUGAUGGAGAUACGGGUCACGCUGUUACCAUGGAAACACUGCAUCCAACUGACCCUGCUGCUGGUUCAGCUGAGCUUACCUGAAGCUGGAGCUUCCUGUCGGAUCCUUCGCUGCAACUCUGAGUUUGUUGCUGCAACGGUCCACCUGAGCAGCAGCGGUGCAGAAGCUCUUGGCAAGGACUCAGCAAACUCAGCCUACUGCAGUGCCCUGCGCUCCUACAGCAUGUGCACCAAGAGGAUGGCGCGACCAUGUCGAGGAGACCUAGCUUACCACUCUGCAGUUCAGGGUAUUGAGGACCUGCUCAUCCAGCACCGCUGCCCCCGAGCGGGGCCAACAGCCCAGCCUCGGCCCCAGGCACAGGGCACGGUGUCCGGAGACACCUGCCUCUAUGAGAAGAACCACUUCCGCAGGGAGGGCCAGAUGCCAGAGUACCUGUACUGCAGUAUCUUCGGAGAUCCACAUAUUCGAACAUUUAAUAAUGACUUCCAGACGUGUGCUGUGUCGGGGGCGUGGCCUCUCAUAGACAAUGACUACCUGUAUGUACAGGUCACCAGCUUGCCAGCUAAGGAUGGGAUGUUCUCUACAGUCAUCACUAAGAUUACCGUCAUCUUUAAGAGCUGGCGUCAGUGCACCGACCAGCAGCUGUACCAGGCAGAGCUGGACAACGUUCCCGCUGCUUUCGCAGACGGCUCAGUGUGGAGCGCUGAGCGCCGCGGUGUCCGCAUCCUGACGGUGAGAACCGACAGUCCCGGGUGGCACGCCGAGAUCCAAGCAGCUUACAUCGGCACGCUGAUGGUGAUCCGACACAGUGGCCGUUCACUCAGCCUGUCGAUCCGCUCGCCCCGCGGCAUCGUGGAGGCCUUCGACCCAGAUCACGACCUGCAGCUCUGCAUGUGGGGCUGCCCCGCCUCCCAGAGGGUGAACACCCUCCACCCCCCAGCGCUGGAUUCUCUAGCAGCAGCCGCUAUUAGAGCGGAGGCUCAUUGUGCUGCGCUCCUUCCUACUCAAGACAUCUACUAUCACGCAUGCGUGUUUGACCUGAUCUCCAGUGGAGACCUGAACUCCAGUAGAGCCGCGGUCAGUGCACUGCAGGACGCCCGAAACAUGAUCAGCAACAGGCAGGGCGUCCACCUACUUCCUGUUGCGGCUGCAGGACAAACGCAACUGAAGAUCCUGCUGCUGCUAGGCAUGCUGGGAAUUCAAGGCGGGGCCUGAAUGGACCUGGAUCUUUUAUGAAACACAACCUGCAACUGAGCUGAGAAAAAUGGGAUGAUUUCAUCACAGUGAGAGAGGUGAAGAGUUGCUAGGAGGUGAAUAAGAGGAAAAGUUACGCAUUUUUCCAGCUUUAGGCAAAACGUAAACAUCCCUGGAGCUGCAACAGGAAACCUCCUCUGGGGAGUCGCUCAUCUGCUGCACAUCAAGAUGAUUUACUGUUUAAUGGUUGGGCGGAGGGUGGGGGGGGCAAAGGAUCCGUAUUUAUUACUGAUUCAUCAUUAAAAAGUCAUGUUAUUCUUAGUCUGUCAUAAGUCAUUACUUCCAGUAACACGUGUUAUUCUUCCUCCCUCCUCUGGGUAUGU